AGCGUUCUUCCUGAGGGCUUCACCCGAUUCGGUCGGGGUGCCCGGGCUAGGGGCGGAGCUGGAAUAUGGCGUCUGGAGUGGCUCGCUGGCUGGCAGUGGCGCCUGUCCGGUCCAGGGUUUUCUGGAGCGGGCCGAGUUUGAAGGCAGGUGGCGAUGUCUCCGCUGGACGGGGCAGCUCAGGUCGGAGUUUGGUACCGUCGAGGUCAGUCAUCGUUACUCGCAGCGGCGCCAUUUUGCCCAAACCGGUGAAAAUGUCCUUCGGCCUUCUCCGUGUGUUCUCCAUUGUGAUCCCCUUUCUCUAUGUUGGGACACUCAUUAGCAAGAACUUUGCUGCUCUACUGGAGGAGCAUGACAUUUUUGUCCCAGAGGAUGAUGACGACGAUGACUAACAGGGCACAGAGGAAGCACAGGAGAAAUCCCUAACUUACUAAGAAAUGGUGAUGCUCGCAGCCUCUCAUCCUUCCCUAUCAGUAGAAGAGCCCAGGGAAGGCCCUCAGCCUCCCAACUCCAGUGAAGCCUUCUGCAUGGUCUGUGACCACAGCCCAGAUCCCCAGGCUCUGGGAGGUUCCCAGAGAUGUGCUGUCCACUGGGCACAGUCAGAUCAUGAAUAAACAUAAUAAACGUCAGCUCUGUAUGA